AUGCAAGACGUAUACAACGAGGAAGGUAGCUCGCGAGGAGGCUCCUCUCAACAGGAGGAAGACCAGAGUGGUAGAGGAAAACCCCGCGGCCAGCGCGAACCGUACUAUGCCCGCCUGUUCACGGCAGAAGAACUCGACGGCCUCGAAGCUAAAAGAGUAACAGGGGUUUCUGAAGAGAAGGAAGAAUACGACAAGGAGCUCGAAGACCGCCUCAUCGGUCUUGACGAAGUUGCACUCAAGGAACGUGUGAAGAAGAAUGCUGAAGGGCAAAAGGCUGUGUCGUUGGGCGAGCUUAGCAAGAUACUAGACAUCCCUGAAGAAGUGUUAGCUCGAACCCGCGAGGCUGCUCCCGAAGAGCUGUCCUCUCCUGAAUAUUGGCUAGAGUGGUACCGAAAAACACUAGCCACGACUGAAGCUGCUAAACGUGCGAACCGUGACUUUAGGUCAACCACGAAUGAGAAGGCCGUGCUUGAAGUCGAGCGGGAAAACGGCGUCUUCGCUCGAACAAACCCUUUUGACGACGCCGACAAGGGAGAGUUGGAGGAACCCGGAGGAGUGUUCUCCGAGAGCACACCCUCCGCCUGA